UAUAAAGGCGGGGCGGGCCGGGUCUGCAGCGGUCAGUGUUCGCUUGCUUGUUUGAAGUGAUACAGAUUGUGUGCAUCAAGUCACAGAGUGAGCUACAGAACCAUGGACAGCUCCCGUCUCUACCUCUUCACUCUGCUCAGCGCUGCUCUCUUUUUCCACACCAACUGUCAGGAAACCGAGUUAGAAACCCGGUCCCUGGACAAGGAAGAUACCUUAAACGAAAAGCAACUGAUAGAAGCCUUGCAAGAAGUUCUUGAAAAACUUAAAAGCAAGAGAAUGCCUUACUACGAGAAGAAGUAUGGCCAACUGCCCAUGUGCGACGCUGGGGAGCAGUGUGCUUUGAGGAAAGGUGCCCGGAUCGGGAAGCUGUGUGACUGUCCACGAGGAACGUCUUGCAAUUCCUUCCUGCUUAGGUGCUUGUAAUCAGACCUAUAAAAAGUCAACAUUUUAAGAGUGCUCAACGAUUUGAAUCUUCAAUUUGCCAAAAAGGGAGGAUAAGCAUGACACUACUGAAACCUUCGCCCCCUCCCCCAAAUUAUAUAAAGGCGUACAACUCUGAGUUGUGUAGCAGUCAUUCUUAACGUGGUGUGGAUGUGUUCUUGUUUUUAUUGUCAUUUUAAUUAAAAUGGAGAAAACAUUUUAAAAAAUGUGUUUUGAAGAACCAUUAUAUGUAUUAUAAAAUUGUAUUUUUGUAUUUAUCUUGUGAUGCAGCAAAUCAAUAAAACCAACAACGGUG